UUACAAUUUCUCACUGAUUGUUGUUGAAUCUAGAGCACUUUUUCAUAUUUACUAUUUAGAAUGGCAGAAUCGCCACAAUGGAAAAAACCUUCAGAUAUAAUGAAAAAUAUAAGAAAGAAGAAAAGAAUUUCCUUGCAAAGAGUUCCAUCAAAUGAUUCAUUUUCGAGUCCAGUGUUUGGGGACAUGACAAACACGUCUUCCCAACCAAAAAGACGUAACCCCUUUUCAAAAGACACAUCAGAUGAUACACAACCAUCCUCUAAACGACCAAGGAAGUCUGUCGAUGAUGACCAACAGAAUGAUUCAGUUGAUCAGAUUUCUUUCUUUAAAAUGUUUAAUGAAUCGGAUAAUACAAGCACAUUGUCAGCAGAGAAAAGUAUUGAAAUAGAGAAGACACCAACUCCUGUUUUUCUACGAGAUGAAGAGGACAGUCAGUCUCAAUUUGCUUUCAUUGAAAAGAUUUUCAGUGCAAACAAAAAAAAGCAACCUGUACCUGUCAGUAAGAUAGAAGUAAAGAAAGAAGAACCAGUCUGUACAUCAACUUUUCCAGUAGACUGGAGUUUAAAGGUCAAAAUGAGAGUGGUGUCAUCAACCCCACUGACCUGGUGUACACAGCUGAAGACAAUGGAGGAGUCAGUUGGUGUAACACAGUUUACAACUGGACAAAAACAGGUUACUGGCAAUGACAAGUCAGAGUUCCAGAGCUGCUGUCUUUACUGGAUUUAUCCAAACUUUCCAUGGAUGAAAAUGUUCCCAAGAAUAGUGCCAGACAAUAAUAUCAAAAGGUCAUCAAUAGAUUUGUUACAAGAUGAUGUUCAGAAAUCACUUCAGAAUGAAUGGACAGAGAGUUUUUCUUCAGCUUUUCACCAAAUGAGAGCUCAGCAAUGUCCAUAUUUUUAUGUAUGCACACAUCAAUUUUCAGUAUUGUUUAGAGCUAAGGGAAUUGCUGGAAGUUCCUCUAUGUGUGCUUUUCUCACACCAACUACAAGAGGAUUGAGAGAAUCACUGAAGAAUGAAGAUAUUGAGUUUUCUAUGCCAGUUUUAGAAAAUAAAAAGAGAAAAUCUGAUGAAAGUGUAUUAGAACUUGAAAAAGAAAAUCAAGAAGCAGCUGAUCAAUCUAAAAGUACACCCAACCCUAAAGAUGAGGAAGAAGAAGAUGAAGAUUUAAUAGAUACAGAUGAAGGUGCUCAUGUCUGGUUAGAAAGUAUAGGCUUGGACAAGAAAUCUUUUCCAUCACUAGAUCCAAACAAAGUUAAAAUACAAAGAGAAGGUUUCAGAGUGAUAGAUAAUCGUCCAGAAUCCUUAGUUUAUGUUGAAGGAACCAGUGUGCAUGGACUAUUUAAUUUUCUGCUGAACUGUCGUAGUUGCAUAGCAACUAGUGGUCCACAAGCAGGAGUACCACCAUCCAUACUGUCACCUUCAUCAUUUAAAGGAGCUGCUUUAAAGUCUCAUAAGGUUAAACAUUCCAUAGCCAGACAACCAGAUGUUGAUGGUAAUAUAAGACAAGUCCACAUUUUAGAGGUUGCCGGGCCAGUUCUUCCACAUCAUGUACAUACCAUAUCAUCUCUCUUACAUCGGACUCAAAAUCAGGACUUUAGUUUGACUUUCAAUACACACGAACCUUCUCAGCCAUUUAAUGUCAAAUGUCAGCCUGUUGAUGAAAAUAUCGUUGAAAAUUGCAGACGGCCAUUUAAUAUGGAGGAUAAAACAUUUGAUUCGUUUUUCAGUAAACAAUGUAUAGCAGACAGACUUACUUGUAUACAUGAACUAACUUGUGAAAAAGAAGGUUAUACAUGGAUAUCUUGAUAUCUUAUUAAAUACUUGUUUUUUUUUUUAAUUAUAUUUGUGCU